AUGCUCAUCACUGGCGCAGUGAUGCGAACUCCGAAGUGGCAAACUCGUUCGGACGAGUUUUACGGGCAAGGUGGCGACGAGCAACAGACCGCCCGUCCGUGUUUUCGCGACGAUAGUUGCACCACAAUUCUUGUGGAAUGGGAUCCGGUGGAAACGAUUCUCAAACUUGAGAGAAUGUCUACCCUGGCUCGUUCCGGCAAUGUUGCCACAAAAGUGAUCAGCGGCUCACAACAGCACAGCAGUUUUGUAUUGGCUACGGCUCCCAGCAAGGUCACCCCUAUCAAGGAUGUCGUUACUGAAUUCAAAACAGCUGAUUCUCUGCAAGCAGCAGCAAGCCGGAGCACACAUCAUGCUGGCUUGCUCUCAUCAAACCUCGCGAACAAAGGAAUAAACGCAUCUUCUCGACGUUUGGCACAUACCGAUGUGAAGUUUCCGGACAUGUCAACCUAUCGGCGAGAGGUGACUUUGAAUACUCAGAAGAGCGCCCGUGAUGCAGAAGAUGGGCGCAGAUCUCUAGCUCAUGCUGUAUAUUAUGGAGCCGGCGGUGUGAUGUCUUUGUGGGCCGGAAAGGAAAUGGUUCAAACUAUGGUUUCUUUCAAGGCUAUGGCUGCUGAUCAACGAGCUUUGGCGUCCAUUGAAGUUAACAUGAACGAUAUACCGGAAGGGCAAACGAAGACAUUUGAAUGGCGUGGAAAACCCGUUUUUGUGAAACAUCGUACGAAGAAUGAGAUUGCGAGAGAAAAGGCUGUGAAUGUGUCGGAGUUGCGCCACGCUGAACAUGACGACGAACGUGUUCAGAAGGACGAAUGGUCUAUAGUAAUUGGAGUUUGCACCCACCUUGGGUGCGUACCAAUUGCGAAUGCAGGUGACUUCGGUGGUUACUUUUGUCCAUGCCAUGGAUCACAUUAUGAUGGUUCCGGUCGCAUAAGAAAGGGACCAGCACCUUUGAAUCUUCAUGUGCCAGCUUACAAUUUCAAAGACAACAUCAUUGUAAUCGGCUCGUCGUAA